UUUACUCAAAAUCGUGUUAGCAGUGUUUUCGAUUGUUUUCUUAUAAAAUUCCUAAGAUUCAAUUUGAUUAAAUAUUUUAGCAAUCGAAAGCCAGCGCCAUGAUCAGCAUUUUUGAAGCCGUGCGAGAUCUACUAAAGUUGGACGUCGUGUGCACUGACAACAACGUGUUCCGGCUACACUACAAAGCAACCGUCAUCUUACUAGUCACGUUCUCAUUGAUCGUCACCGCCCGACAGUUCGUCGGUGACCCGAUAAAUUGCCUGGUAGAUGGUGUGCCAUAUCACAUCAUGGAACCGUAUUGUUGGAUGCACUCGACAUUCACUGUGAAGAAAAAUAUCAGCGGCCGUGUCGGCAAAGACGUCAUUCAACCUGGCGUCGCGCCCCAUCGACAAAACGAAGACAAAGUCAAGUACCACAAGUACUACCAGUGGGUGUGCUUCGUUCUGUCUUUCCAGGCUGUGUGCUUUUACAUUCCCAGGUACGUGUGGAAAAUUUUGGAGGGCGGUCGUAUACGGGCAUUGGUCAACGGACUCAACGACAUUAUGAUCACCGAUGAGCAAAAAGCUAACGCCAUAAAACUGCUGGUAGACUACUUCGCCGUAAAUUUACACACGCACAACUUGUACGCCGUUCAGUUUUUUAUCUGUGAGUCGCUGAACUUUGUCAACGUCGUCGGCCAGAUGCUGUUCCUCCACUACUUCUUCGAAGGUGAGUUUGUGUGGUACGGUCUCGACGUUAUCAGGUUCACUAACAUGGAGCCCGAUGAACGAGGGGAUCCCAUGUCCCAAAUUUUCCCCAAAGUCACCAAGUGCACGUUUGAAAAAUAUGGGUUCUCCGGUACCAUACAGAAGUUCGAUGGCUUAUGCUUGUUGCCGCUGAACACAGUCAACGAGAAAAUCUACGUGUUCGUGUGGUUCUGGUUCUUGUUUAUUGCUGUGAUCAGUGGUAUCAACUUGUUGUACCGUGUAGCUAUCAUAAUAUCGACAAAGUUCCGUUUUGUGUUGUUAAGAAUGAAAUCUCGUCUGUCUCUUCGAAACGAUUUAAUUACAAUAAUCGAAAAUUUCCAGAUAGGCGAUUGGUUUGUUUUAUACCAGAUAGGUAAAAACUGUGAACCCAGAAUAUUCAAGGAACUUAUAUCCACUUUGGCUACCAUGCAAGUUGACGAAAUUGAGGACGUUUAA